AAUACUAAUGAAAUCUUUGUAAUGAAACGCAAAAGUAGUUGCAAGACUCAAUCCAACUGUCCACUGCCAAAAAAAACACACACACACACACACAAGAAGACGCUCUAUGCCUUAGAUCUGCAAAUCUUCCAAGAAGUAUAUAUGUAAAAAAAAAAAAAAGACAUGGACAAAAUUAAUGACAACGAAAAAAGCAUAAGUCGGCAGUCCGAGAAAACAGCAAUGUCAAUUUUCACACCUACAAAACCCAGAUUCGUUUACACGGAUUUUGGCAAGCCAGCGCGGAUUCCCGCUCUUGAAAAUAUUUACCAGAAAAAACCCACAUACAAAAAAUACAUAUAUUUUCGCAUCACAUUCACUUACCUUGUAAAAACGACAUCUUGGACAAUGACAUGUUGAGGAUUGUUCAUGUGUAUUAAUGCUGCUUUGUCGUCUUCUUCUUCUCCUUCUCCUUCUUUCUAAUCGAGGUGAUGGAGAGCUCGACCGGCUUCUGGUUUGUGAUUGCUGCUGCGAUUUCUCUCUGCAAAUGGGGAGUUGCAGGCUUUGAAGCUCGAGAGGUUUUCAGCGGGAAUGUGUCGCUGUUGGAAUCUCUGUCUUAUUUGGAAUCUGUGUAUGGAAUAUCUGAUGCUGCUGCUCCUCCCAAUGCUCUCAUGGUGCCUCUCACUCUUAUCCAUGGAGCUGCUGCUAAAGGAGCUGUGUGUCUAGAUGGAACCUUACCCGGUUAUCACUUUCAUCGUGGAUUUGGGAGCGGGGCAAAUAGUUGGCUUGUUAACUUGGAGGGAGGAGGGUGGUGUAACAAUAUUAGAACGUGCGUUUAUCGCAAGAAGACACGCAGAGGGUCAUCAAACUACUUUGAAAGGCAGAUUGCGUUUACUGGGAUACUUAGCGAUAAGGCUUGGGAAAAUCCAGAUUUUUAUAACUGGAAUCGUGUAAAGAUACGUUACUGUGAUGGAGCCUCGUUUUCAGGGCAGGGGGAGAAUAGGGCUGCAGGAUUGCAGUUUAGAGGGCAACGCAUCUAUCAAGCUGCGAUGGACGAGCUGAUGUCCAUGGGGAUGCGCAAUGCCAACCAAGUACUUCUGGCUGGUUGUUCUGCCGGUGGUCUAGCCGUUAUCCUGCACUGCGACAGAUUUAGAGGCUUAUUUCCAGGAAGCACCAAAGUGAAGUGCCUGAGUGAUGGUGGCUUGUUUAUGGACGCCCCGGAUGUUUCUGGUCGACACACUUUGAGGAAUUUCUUCAGUGGUGUUGUCAACUUGCAGGGUGCUAAGCCGACUCUACCAGGCACGUGUACCAACCACCACGAUCCAACCUCAUGCUUCUUUCCUCAGAAUAUAAUAGAGAGCAUAAGAACCCCUCUCUUCAUUCUAAAUGCUGCCUAUGAUGCAUGGCAGAUCCAAGAAAGCUUGGCUCCUCCAUCAGCUGAUCCUCACGGCAACUGGCGUCUCUGCAGAAACAAUAUCGGCCAAUGCUCAGCUUCACAGAUCCGAUUCUUGCAAGGUUUUAGGACUCAUAUACUGAACCAGAUAAAAGGGUUUGCAGCAUCAAGACAAAGUGGGAUCUUCUUGAAUUCUUGUUUUGCUCACUGUCAAUCCGAGAGGCAGGAUACGUGGUUCGGAAAUAACUCUCCUAGAAUCGGAAACAAGGCGAUUGCGAAAUCUGUUGGGGAUUGGUAUUUCAAUAGAGCAAAUGUGAAGUCGAUUGACUGCCCCUAUCCAUGUGAUAGAAGUUGUCAAAACCUCCAAUUCCAUUGAAAAACGAUGUGAUAUGUGAUUCUCCUUUUUACAUUUUUUUUUACAUAUGAUAUAGUGAUCUCAAGUCCCAUUCAUAUUUGAGAAUAUACUCAUUCAAAGCCAAUAAGACGAUGUCUGAGUUGAAAAAGUAAAGGAAAAGGUCUACCAAUUAUAGUGAUCUCAACUCCCAUAUGUAUUGUAGCUAUGAGAAACAAAUGGAUAUCAAGAUUUGUAGUCUCAACAUUUUUUUUUAAUUACUUAUAUUAUUAUUAUGAUGA